AUGCAGAUAUUGAAGAGCAUGUUGCAAGAAGAAAGGUGGCAUAUCUCACAGAAUAUUCUAAAACACCAUCGGGCAGAAUUUACAGAUGAAGACUGGAAAAUAUUCAAGCUUUCUUGGUCUCGACUGUGUAGUUCUCCCACUCCGACGCUAUACAAUUAUAACUUUGAGCAACUUUUCACGCGACUGACUGACGACAGACGAUCAGAUGUUCUGGAUUAUUUGUAUGAUGUGUGGCUGAAAGAUUAUAAAGAAAAGUUCGUUUCAGCUUGGACUAACACAGUCCCCAAUUUUGGUCAACAUACAACCAACAGAGUUGAAAGCCAGCAUUCUAAGUUUAAGAGAUACAUUAAAGGGCCAAACAACUCGCUCCAUAAACUUGUGUGGCUUGUUGGCAAAGUUGUACAGUCACAAAAGAUACAAAUAAAACUUAGUUUUCAGGAGAGCGGGUCCGUGCAAAUGGGGGACCACAGAUUUCCGUUUUUUGACAACCUGCGCGGUAAUGUUUCCCAAAAAGCCUUGGAGUUGUUGGUUGUUGAGAGGAAAAAACUACAUGCAUUGAGGGUAGGAGGGGGGACUUGUGGCCACCAGCUUUCUACAGGUUGUGGGUUGCCAUGUGCUUGUCAGAUGGAGUGGUGGGAAAGUACAGGUUGCAAAAUUCCACUUGCCGUGAUAGACAAAUUCUGGACAAAACUUGAUUUUUCGACAGAAAAACUUAAUCAAGACGAUUGUAAUAUUCAGGCGGAAAUGGAUAGACUCACACAACAACUACAGGCGCAGCCACCUCUAGUGGUAAAAAGUAUGUUGUCGAAGAUGAAAGCGGUGUUGAAUCCAAGUAUGACUGACCAUCAACCGCCUGAGGUACAACAAGAUACCUGGCGCCGCCCAACUACGAAAGCAAAACAACAAAAGAAUGAAGACAUUGCGAGACGUAAAGAUAAACAACCCGAAUCACAGGGGAAUGACUACACUCAAAAGCCAAAUGUGCAACGUAGUCGUUCAAAGAAAAGCAAAGAAGAAAAAAAAUACACUUCCGAUUAUAGAUAA